AUGAUGAGCCCAGUGGCUGCGCGCGCUCUGUCAGUACGCACGCGAACCUACUGCUGACCAUCAGGAGUCCUCUUGUCAGCGAUGUACACAAGUUACUGAAAUUUUGCGGAUUACCGUCACUGGACGACUGCAGACUGCUCGCAGCAAGCCGACCAGCCGAGCAGCCAGUGAAGGAGAACAUGAGUGAACCGACGUUACUCAUAGUCUGAGCUGGAACACGUCCGCCGGCUGCUCGCCCGCUGCCUCGCUGUCACACACGGACACCGUAGCUCGACGGCUCCGGUGGUGGUGGAGGAUUUUUCCAGCCGUUAUCACCGCGACCGGCCGGUAAAAUGUUAGGCUUGGAGCAAACGGAGCCCCGGUUUUUUUCUUAAAGUGUGUUUUUCCAAUAGGUGUAGAUAAUUUUUAUAUGAGAGUGUGAUGUAAAUUUAGCUUGGGUAAUCCGGACAUUUGUAAAUAGGCAAUAAAAAUCCCGUUUACAGUCAGCAUAUUUAAGCUACCCUUUUUUAAUUAAAUCAACGCAGGACGGAUGAGGUAUGACGUUACGUUCAGAUUCACUUGAAGAUCUUCAGAGAAAAAAAUCUUCAGCUUUCACAAGAAGUGUGAAAACCCCUGGAUUAGUGUGCUGCUUGACAAACAUGUCAAUUCCUUUGGGUUCUGCUACACAAGUGGAUUUUGACAAACAUGGAGAAAAAUUAGGAUAAGGACACUGGAGACAAAAGCUAUUCUUUAGUGCCUGCGCUGUCAUCCUUAUGAAUUACUGAGUAGAAUCUUAGAAAAAGACACAAAUGAGGAAAAAAGUAGACAAGAGGGGGAGAAAGUCUGCAAUUUAAACCAUCUGCAAUCUGAAUCACAGAUAAAAAGCCUUUCAGAAAAAAGUGGUGACUGGCUGACCACAGAAAGAGAGAGAGACGGGGACUGACGGAGGAGCAAGGGUUUGGAGGAGGCGGCGAAGGAGGAGGUCUCGAAGGUUUGGGAAAGACCUUUCUCCAUGGCUACAGACCCAGGAGAGCCCACAGGCACUGAGGACUCAUCUGAGAAAGCUGAUGGAAAGAAGGAGGAGGAGGACAAGCAGCGGGAGGUCAGGAGAGACCAACAGAGGGAGAGGACACCUAACACCUUUUUGGGCCUCCCCUCCUCCCAGGCUCAAAUGGACACAGAGAAAGGAGGAGACGACAGAGGAGGAAACGGAGAAGCUGCCUUUCAGAAGCUUGGAGAGACUCCGGUCCUAGUCCCUAUGCCUUCAGUUCCUGUCGAUACUGGUCAAAAACGACAGAGACGGGAAAAGCGCUUCUUCAGAAAGAGUGUGGAGAUCUGUGAUGCGGAUGAUGAGGUAGGCAUGCCUCCUGACGCUCCCCACAGUGCCCCGCACCUGGAGCUGCACUCCACAGAUUCGGUCUUUGACAGUGCACAGCAGCAAGGGGCUGCUUCUUCCUGUGUAGCCUUGGGGCACGACCCCUCUCAGGGCUAUGAGCCUGGAAAAGAUGCUCCUCCAUCUGCACCCACCCCGAGUGUGAGAGAGAGGGACCGUGAACAGGAGGAGGAAGCAGAGAUGAAGGCAGUAGCCACUUCCCCUGGCGGAAGGUUUCUUAAGUUUGACAUUGAACUGGGCAGAGGAGCCUUCAAGACUGUGUACAAAGGCCUUGACACGGAGACCUGGGUGGAAGUGGCUUGGUGUGAACUACAGGACCGUAAGCUGACCAAGGCGGAGCAGCAACGCUUCAAGGAGGAGGCAGAGAUGUUGAAGGGUCUUCAACACCCCAACAUAGUCCGCUUUUAUGAUUCCUGGGAAUCUGUGCUGCGUGGAAAGAAGUGCAUUGUACUGGUCACUGAGCUAAUGACAUCAGGAACACUUAAAACCUACCUUAAGCGCUUCAAGGUGAUGAAACCCAAAGUCCUGAGAAGUUGGUGCAGACAAAUCCUGAAGGGCCUUCACUUCCUCCACACCAGGACUCCACCGAUUGUGCACCGGGACCUCAAGUGUGACAACAUUUUCAUAACAGGCCCCACGGGGUCAGUUAAGAUAGGUGACCUGGGACUGGCUACUCUUAUGAGGACCUCCUUUGCAAAAAGUGUCAUAGGAACCCCAGAAUUCAUGGCUCCAGAGAUGUAUGAAGAGCACUAUGAUGAAUCAGUGGACGUCUAUGCCUUUGGGAUGUGUAUGCUGGAGAUGGCUACUUCAGAAUACCCUUAUUCUGAAUGCCAAAAUGCUGCUCAGAUCUAUCGCAAAGUCACAAGUGGUAUAAAACCAGCCAGCUUUGAUAAAGUCAAUGACCCAGAAAUCAAGGAAAUCAUUGAAGGCUGCAUUCGUCAGAACAAAAGCCAGAGACUCUCUAUCAGAGACCUCCUGAAUCAUGCGUUCUUUGCAGAGGAUACAGGAGUAAGAGUGGAGCUGGCAGAAGAGGACAACGGUGCCCAGGAUUGCCUGGCUCUCCGGAUUUGGGUGGAAGACCCAAAGAAGUUGAAGGGGAAACACAAGGACAAUGAGGCCAUUGAGUUCACCUAUGACUUGGAGAAUGACAUUGCUGAGGAAGUAGCUUUGGAAAUGGUGAAAUCAGGCUUCUUUCAUGAGAGCGAUGCGAAGGUGGUGGGAAAAUCCAUCCGGGAUCGAGUGAAUCUGAUCAAAAAGUCAAGAGAGCGUCGGCAGCAGCAGCUUACUCAUCAAGGCUUUGAUGACAGAAGGGAUUCUACCGUCACCUCUUAUGUUUUUUCUUACCCUUCAUGCCCAUCCUCACUCAUGGUUGGGGCAGCUGGACAAACAGGAGGUGGUGAAAGUGGAGCUGGAGGAGUAGUUCAGGAGUCUGAGGAGCUGCCUGAAGUUGACCAGCAUGUCAUGCAACAGCAUAUCCUCGGUGCGACAACCCUUAGCUUGCCAGAAAUUGAAAGUGUUGGGUCUGCCAGCUGUGAGUCGUAUGCAAGUGGACAGAGCUUGGCACUCUCUCUGCAGGGGGAACCUUAUUCCCACUCCCAGAUAACUCCUCAACCAUUGCUAUCUAUCACUGGCGCAUCGGCUGAAACUCAAAUACUCUGCACUGACGAGACUGGGAGUGUUCCAAAUCUGCCUCUUGUUCAGGGCGUUAGUAUGUCUAACGUGUGCAUUCCCAAGACUGAAGGGGGAUCUGUUGGCCAGACAUUUCUUCAACCCAGUCCUGUUGUUCCACAGGUAUCCCCGAGUGUACCACAACAAUAUCUUCAGUCACAAACAUUUCCAUCAGAUGCAUUCCAACCGGUCACUGCUCAUGGAUCCGUGGCUCCCUCACAGUCAAACAUACCUCCUGUUUCUCCCCAAGCUCCCGUUGGUGUUUUCUCCACACCUAUGUCUGUCAGUGACCCCGCUGGAAUUGCAGGGACCGCUAUGCUCCUCACUCAGCUACCCGCUUCUCCCAGGCAGCAGACUGACAUUAUUCCCCACUCCACUCCCCAGCAAACACAGUGUUUUGUUAUUCCACAGCAGUGCAUUAUUACACCACAGCUAGACAUGGUUUCCCAGACCUCCACCCAUCAACAGCAACCACAACAACCCACAUCAGUUGAACAUCAACAGAUUAAUGCAACUCAGCUGCCUCUAGAAAAGCAGCAUCAUAGCCUUCCAGCUGCAACUAUCCAAAAGCAUCACCGCGAGCCAGAGCAGGAGAUUUUUGUACAGCAACCUGUCCAAAAUGUCCAGUCAAGUCCUCAUCAGCAAGAGAGGACCACACAAACAAGCAUGGAGCCUCAAGCAGUGUCAGUGCCUCGGCCAGGGGAACAACCUCAGGCUUAUAAACUGCAACCAGCAGGAGAAACAUGCGAGCAGACAGCCAGACAAUCACAACUACAGCAACAGCUUCAGCAACAGCAAUCUCUUUUACAACAGCAGCAACAGCUACUUCAGCAGCAACACCUGUUGCUCCUUGAACGACACCCAUUGUAUGUCCAGACGCUGGAUCAGCAGCAACAAAUGACUCUGCUUCAACAACAGGAGCACCAGACGCAGCUGCAACAGAAAGCACUGCAACACAAACAAAUCAUGGAUCAGCAGCAAGCUUCUCUAUAUCAGAAAUAUGAACAGCAACAGCAAAGUCUUCUGCAUCAAGGACAACCUACACAAGCACAAGUGCAACAACAACCACAGAUACCUUCACAACAACAGCAGAUUCAACAGUUAUUUGAGCAAACAGGGCAGCAGCAGGAAGAAAUAACUAAAACAGAAGCAGAAACACAAGAACAAAGUGGACAACAGCAGCAAAAUACUACACUGCAGCAACAACCUCAGCAAACACAGCAGAAAUGUGAACAAGUACAACAGCAAACCAUAUUCCAACAGAUAGAACAGCAACAAGCAUUAAUCCAGCAACACUUGCAAAAGCAGUUAAUUUUAAAGCAGUCCCAGUUACAACAGGCAGCUCAGCUGCAACAGCAAGAACUGCAACAAGUACAGCUUGAACAAAACCUGGAGCAUCUUCAGCAGCAAGCUCUGUUGCAACAGCAGCUUGAAAAACAACUUCAAAAUCUCCCCUCAGAUAGACAAAGUGCUGAAUUUUUGCAGCAGCAGGCUCAAAUGAAGCAUCAAAAUCAAGAAAAACAGCAGCAGCAACAAGCUGCCAUCGUUCAGCAUCUGCAUCAAGCUGACAAACAAGAACCUCUGCCUGCACCUCAAAGCAGCAGUGAGAUGCAGAUUGUGCCACAAUCUGCUAACAUGCAACCGAUGUGUAACCCCCAACUUACCAUUCUUCAGUCUGCGCAGCAGUCAGCUAAGCAAGACACUAUAGAGCAACAGCAGCAGCUAGCACUUAUUCAGCAGCAAGCUUUUGUUGCUCAGCCACAGCACCACACCUCCACAGAAACCCAUCGAACAGUUGGUGUGCCUGUGACCAUUGAAGGACUACAAGACCAAACUGACGUAAUCUCUCAAGUACAUGUCCCAGUGACCAUACAGACUACCCCCAUUCCUAUCCAGACAGCUCCUGUUUUCUUAGGACAGCAAGGACAAAGUCCAUUUCACCCCCACAACCAGAUUCCAACCCAGUUUUUAGUCCAGUCUGUGCCCCAAGCCUCUCAAACUACAACUGUGGUCAGUGUACCUGCCCCAACAGCUGUGAUCCAAGGACAAACGCAAGUCUUGCAGGCACAGCAAAUUCCCUUACAGGCUAGUUAUCCUGGACCUGUAACUCCUACUCAGGCUCAGGUAACUGCUCAGUCAUUUAUCCAGACUCAGCCUCAACAUACAACUAUUCUACAGCUCCAGCCUGCACAUGGCAAAGUCCCAAACAUCAAUAUUCAGAUGAUGGGCCAACAAAACCAAACCACUGCCCAACUUCCACCUGAAGUUGCUUCUCUUCCAAGUCCAGUACAGCAAGAGACUUACGUUCAGCAAGGUGCUCUAAAGAAGAGUCCCGUCCAGCCCAAACUCCAGCAAGAAACUCAAGGCCAACCGCCUUGUCAGCUGCUUUCUCACCCUGGCCUAAUGACCCCACAGUUUGUCUCACAACCUCCCCACCAAGACAUACCAUCUGCGCAGCACAAUAUGACUCAUGCUUCACAACAUCAGCAGGUGCAUCAGCAACCAGUAAUGCAGUAUCAGCAGAUGAUUCUGUCUCCGGGCUCGGCUGAGAGUGCUGUAACAACAACCGAGAGUCUCGCUCAGUCGGCUGACCCUGUUGGCAUUCAUGUUGCUCCUCCUCCAGUGCAAACUGGACAAGGAAUAGUUCCAGAACAAGCAGCACUAUAUCCAGUUGCUGCAGUCCACCAAGCGUUAAUUGGAAGCCCUGCAGACUCUCCCAUCAUUCAGCCCACCUCCAAGCCAUUUAUGCCUCAGCCUGCUGAGCAGCCUCAGCAACAAAACCAAAAUCUCUCUCCAGUCCAUCAACCCCCAGGAAAUUCUACUGCACCGCUUCAGUUACCAGCACAGCCCAUCCAAACUCUCAACCAGCAGCCAUCACUUCCACAACAAACCUUGACAGCACAUGACAAAAGUCAGCUUCCUUCUCAGUGCCCUUCACAUGUGUUGAUACAGUCCUCUGCACAGUCAGGACCCAGUAAUGUUUCUGUGCCUCAGUCACCCACUAAGACUCCUCCUCUGUAUAGUCACUUUGUGACAGGGAGCCCUUCAUCUCCGCAGCAUCAUGCCAAGCAGCUUCUCCCAGCCCACACACAUACACAAACCUGCAUUCAGGCCCAGACACACUCUCAAACACAGACACUGGUUCAAACACAGACUCACUCUCACACUCAGACAGACCACAAGACACCAGAUUCUGAAGAAUCUCUUUUGCUUAAAGCUAUGUCUGAUGCGCAACAACUGCCCCUGAGCCCUUCAUGUCCCUCCACAACACUACCAUCUGCACUUCCCCAACAACCUGUCCCUGCUGCAGAGCUUUCUACAUCUUCGCAACAGGCCCAAGUACCUUUACUAGGGCAGGCCAGCUUUGUACCUACCUCUCCUCAGCCUGCCUCUGCACAACGAUUGCUUGGCUCUAAUGCUCCCCAACCCUCCCAAGCCUCGCUGCAAGACUGUGACAUUUCCCUGCUGGGCAUCGCUCAGGAUGGGCCAUACCUGGCAAGUGCGGAAUGUCAUUCUUCAACAGGGUCUGUUUCAGUAAAUGGAGAAGACAUUCAGCACAAUUUGGGAAAUGGAAAAUCUGAGAAGUCAAAAUCUCAGAAAAAGGCUUCCUCUCAGAAACCUGAGAAAGGUUCACAUCAGUUUCAACUGAGCAUGCUCCAGGUGUCUGGGAAAGGAGACAAUUUGGUAGAGUGUCAGUUAGAGACUCAUAGUAACAAAAUGGUGACAUUCAAAUUUGACAUUGAAGGAGAUGCUCCUGAAGAUAUUGCAGAUUACAUGGUAGAGGAAGACUUUGUCCUAGAUUUAGAGAAAGGGAAAUUUGUGGAGGAGCUUAAAUCGAUUGUGAAAAAAGCCCAAGAAAUUCUUCAGACACAUACACAGACUGGAUCAACUGACCAGUUGCAAGUGAGCACUCACUCCACCUCUGUAGGUGAGUCAGUCCCCCAGUCAUCCCCAGUGGGACGCUGGCGCUUCUUUAUCAACCAGACCAUUCGUCACAGAGACUCCUUGUCUAGCCAGGGUGCAGUCACACCACCACCAACUGCUGAGACUAAAAUCCCACAGUCUCCUCAAAAGGAUGAAGACAAAUAUGCAUCCCAGACUCUUGAAUCCUUUACUGAAAAGGUUUCUUCCCCCCACAACACCCUCUCCUCUGCCUCAUCUCCAGCCUCUGCUGUCACUGGCUCAGCCUCUGUAGCUGACACUAUGGCCUUUGAAACCAUCUCUGGACAAGCCUCUGCUCCAGUCAAUGCCCCUUCAGUUGACCAGAUUCCCAGUUCUCUUUCAACUACAGCAAAACCAACUCCUGCUCUUAUGUCUUCCCCAACCAACACCAUAGUUUCCGGUAACCUAACCCCUGCAGUCACCAGUGUUUGCUCCACUCUAGGUCAAAGUUUAGAAGAUGCAUCAAGGCUAUCAGCAGUUGAAAAGUCUUCAACCUCUUUUAAUUCCACUCCUGUGGCUGCAGUAAGUCAGCUUCCCAUUGAGGAGCAGCAGACAUUUUCCCAAAUGGCCACCACAGUGCCACUGCAAUCACAGCUGCAGGUACAGCCUGCAUCACAGCAACAAGCAACAACACAGCCACAGCUGUUAGCACUGCAGCUUGAACAACAGAUACAGCAGUUAACACCAAAACAACAGCUAUCGCAGUGCCAUGAAAACCCAGAUCAAAGUUUGCUGCAGCAAGAGCAGCCACUGCUGCAGGAACCACAACUGCUGCAAAGGCAUACAACUGUUCAACAACAACUUCCUGAGACAUUGGUGUUGCCUCAGUCAAUUCAAAGAGAGUUGCUGCAACCAUCUGCACAGUCACUACAGAUUCUGCAACCAUUGCCCCUACAGCAAACCCAGCCACCACAACAGCAACUGUUGCAAUAUGCUGGACAAAUGAUUGAGGAGUCUCUGUUUCAGCAGCUACCACAGCAAGUUCUGACACCUCCGGCAGAACUUAUAGUCCCCCAGCAGCAGGAGCCACAGCAUCAACAGGUGGUCUUGCAACAGAUGAUGCAGCAAAAGCAAAUGUUGCAACCUCAGCUGCAGCAACAACAGCACCAACUCUUUGUAGGUGUAGCAGCUCAAGGUCAAAUGUUGCCCACAUCCAUAACUCAACAGUUUCUCCAACAGCAGGCACAGCUAAAUGUUAGCCCUGUACCACAACAUCAGAUUUCACAACUGAGCCAAGUGCCUGCUGAGCCUGUGCAGCCACAGACACUGCUUCAACACUCUGAGCAGCAACACAACGGGAAUAAAACCACAGAGUCAUCUCAGAAGCACCUGCAGUUUGCAAGUCAGACGCAGUCCUCUUUACAGAUGUCUGAAUCAGAGGUCUCUACAGGAGAGACGAGCAUUACGGAGGACACAGGCAGCUUUUCUGCCCCGCUUCACCCUUCAUCUGAUUCCUCUCUGCCUCCGCUCCACCUCGCCUCGGCUGAACCCCAGCUACCCAGCCUUUCCCUAACAAUGACACCAUCCCCUGGUCAGCCGUCCUCCGUGGCUGAGUCAGAUAGUGAAGGUCCCCCGAAAAUUGAAUUCGUUGAUAACCGUAUUAAGACUUUGGAUGAAAAGCUGAGGAACUUAUUGUAUCAGGAGUACAGCGGCGGGGGAACGGUACCUGGAGCUGGCUCUAUUCCUACAUCAGCUGCCUCUAUGUCAGCAGGAGGCGAUGAAUCGUCUGAGCCCCAGGCACUCCAACGUUUGUCUUUUCACCCACCGGCCACUUCCUCAGACACCUCCCCCCACACCCCAUCCUCAACUACCUCCUCCACCACUCCCCGUUCGUCUUCUACCUCUCCUGAUCCUGAGAGAGGUAGAGGGGAAUAUGAAGCUUUAUCAGAAGUUGGAAACCUUGUUCUGACUGAACCCGUAGAGCAGCAACCCAUCGCCUCUGUCCCCUCUGCCUCAUCCACCAAGCCCAUUCCUUUCUGUGCUCCCAGUAAGGAUGGUACUGCUGGAUCCCAGCACUUACUUGUAUCAGGAGAACCAACUGUACCUGCUGUACACCCACACUCUGACACCAGUGUCGUCGGAGAUUCUUCAUGGCCUUUCAGUCAGCAACCGAUCUCCCUCCAGCAUGGACAGCAGCAGCACAAUGCAGGAGGUGGAUAUUUUGGCCUAAACCUGACAUGUCCUAGUAUCAGAAAUCCGGUUAGCAAGAAAUCCUGGACUCGAAAAUUCAAAAACUGGGCAUGCAAACUGCGCCACUCCGCCAGCUUGUUCAAGAAGCCCAGAGUCCCACAAGAGGGAUAUUUGUGCAGUGAGGCACCUGAAGAUGACAAGAAGGAGACACCAUUAAGCUCCCCUCAGCUGUGCAAAGGCCGAUUUCAGGUGAAUCCAGUUCCCCAGACCUCCCCUCCAAAGGAUCUGUCUUCGGGUCAGAGUAGCACUCAUAGAAAAGUGGGACGUUUCUCUGUGACGCGGACCGUGACGAAGAAAGAAGACAGACAGACUGACAGCUCACCAGUGUCUCCUGAUUUGGGACGAGAUAGGAGGAAAACUCAUGCAAAAGAAUGGGAUAAAGAAGACUGCAAGAUCACCCCAUCGAAGGGCCACCCUUCUCGCGGUUUUGGCCACAGCCACUCUCCACUUAGCAGCACUGAUGAUGAUGAUGAGAGUGAGAUGGAAGAUGAAGGGCUUAGAAGAGAACUUCAGAAGCUCAGAGAAAAGCACAUCAGAGAGGUUGUUUCCCUUCAAGCCCAGCAGAACAGAGAACUUCAAGAGCUCUACAGACAGCUUCGUUCUCUCAAAGACCAAAGACAAAGUUUACCUGCCUCUCUGUGCCGAACUCCUCCUCUUCCUGCUGCACUGCCUGUCGUUUCUCCACGCAGGUCCCGGAUGGCCAAAGCUAAGCUUCGCUCCCGGCCCCACUCUCACAUGGACAACAAUGGAGUUCCACACUCUGGGAUUCAGCAGUCAAGUAGUUUUUCGGUUGGCGAACAGGGUAGACUCCGCUCUGCAGUGCCUGAUAGAAAAGAUCACAGCCCAUCAAGGAAAAGCACAUUCACUGAUGAACUGCACAAGCUUGUUGACAAUUGGACAAAGGAGGCAGUAGGUCCUGCUCCAAUCAAGCCAUCUCUGAAUCAAAUCAAACAGAUCCAGCAGGUACAGGGAGGCUGGAGCCAGUCUGCAGAGGUGGGCCGACCAGGUUGGUUUCCAGCAGCCCAACUGAGCCCCCAGGUACCCUUAGCCUCCUCUCCUUACGCAGGUGGAGGAACCCUGACCACCCUGGCCUCUCCGGCUCCUCCACCCCCACAAUCACACAUGGGUCAAGUACCACAGAUGCAUCAGAGUUUACACCUCCAUCAGCCUCCACCUCUUCAGCAGAUGACCUAUCAGCAGUCUCCUAUGUGCCAGCAAAUGCCACAACCUCGGAUGCAAACAUCCAUACAGUCACAGGUGCAGCCCACCAUCCUGCUGCCCCAACCAACACCUCAAAGCCAACCGCUGCUGCCUUCCCAAAUCCAAAUCCCGGUGUCCACGGGCACGUCGCUGCUGCAUGGAGGUGGGCCCUCCGUACCCGCUGACAGCACCCCAGUUAUUGGGGGUGUGUUUUGCUCCUGCUCCUCCCCCUCGUCUACCUGUUCCUCAUCUUGCUCGACCGCUGCUCUACCUUCCAGUGCCAAAAUUCACCCAACAAGCCCAACUUCUACUCUUCCUUUGGGACAAAAAUGAAACCAAGAGAUUUGAGAAAUAAAUGUGAAGCUCCAAGAGAUGGUGAUACCCCAGGGAUUCGAAACAUAAAUCAGAUUCAUUUUAGAGUGAUAAUUAAGUGUUAUAUGUGUGGGUAACCUGUGAGUGAAGUGAAUACAUGUAUUCCAGUAUGGUUCUGGUUUUUGGCUCAGUUAGCCAACGCUCACAGUGAAAGAACGAUCACAUUUAAAAGUGCAAUUAGUAAUGGUCAUCUGAGUUGAUCAGCAUGUAUUGUAUUAAUCAAUUUGUCUGAAAAAGCAUACAAUUUUUUUUGUAGAGAUACAGUUUUUUUUAAACUAGGUUUGCAGCACAACACAUAAU